AAAGGUCCCACAAAAGCGCAAUAAAAUAAAAUUAGAGUAUAAUACAUAAUUACUUAUCCUAUCCGGUGUUGGGGUAGUUUAGUCCCGCGCACAAGGUCGUGUUUAACUUGCAAGAUUUUGAUAAUUUUUUUAACCUUUAACUAUGGCCAUGUCUUUGUUACAAAGGAUUUGUGCCCCAGUUACAAGACAGUUCACACAGCUACCAAUCAGAACAUUUUAUACACUACAACAAAGUUCUUUACAGAAGUUAACCAGUCCUGUGACACAUUCAAAUUUAUGCGGACAAAGAACAAGUGAAAUAUGUAAGAUAUUUCACACAAACACAAGUCUAUUUGCUCGUUGUAUGGCAAGUUUACAAAAUAUGCACAAAACUGGACCUAGAAAAAAGAUAAGAAAGCCCAGAUCUCCUGUCUUGGGAGGUGCUCCACAAAAACGUGGUGUUGUUUUAAAAGUGUUGAUAAGAAAACCUAAGAAACCAAACUCUGCAAAUCGUAAAUGUGUUAUUGUAAGAUUAACCAAUGGAGAAGAAGCAACUGCGUAUGUACCAGGUGAAGGACAUAAUUUACAGGAACAUAGUAUUGUAUUGUGUAGGGGAGGAAGACUGAAAGAUGUCCCAGGUGUUAAACUAAAAUGUGUGAGGGGUGUAUAUGAUUUGGCUCAUGUGAAAAAGAAAACUAUGUAAACACUAUGAUAAAACAAUACAUUUUUAUGUGACCUAUGUUCCUUUCAUUAAAAUGCAAUUAUUAAAAACAUU